UUAGUGUUAGAGAUUCCGCCGGUAGAUGGCUACAAAGUGACACGUGUUGAAAUUGAAGAAAUUCUCAAAAUUGCGCAUAAGAAUCAGCGCAGUAAAUAUGUGAAACUCACAGACCCUAAUGCAAAGGCAUUAUAUUCCCGUCGUGUUCGUUGUAAUAACAGAAAUAUUGAGAAACGACGGAGGAGAUUAUUAGCACUUUCUGACCUGGUAAAUGAAAAAAGCCGCCUCAUAAGCAACUAUGAUGUUAACGAGCUUGAGCAAAUUGUCCAGGAUCGCCGCUACCACUCCCCGGAACGUUCACCUGAACGCUCACCCAACAGUUCGUUCGAGCAUUCAUCCAACGAAAUAAUCGUUUAUGAUUUGAGCUGGCGUUCUGAAAAGUUGAAGAAUCUCCUUCGAGACAUUCUCGAUAAACACGGCUUUGAAGUGCGGAAGUCAAGUCAUAAGAGGAGACGUAUACUGAGUGAGGAGGAAGAACGUACUGAGGUUCCGAAAGAAACACCAGCAUGGU